AAGCGGCCAAUCACAGGCCGCGCUCUCUGCUACUACCAACCAAUCAGCACGCUCCCUUCUCUUCUUGAAAACAUGUCGCCCAUGAAGCUGUGUGUUCCAGGUGAAAGGCUGUGCAGUACGGAGGACUGUAUCCCCGGGGCAGGAACGUAUCUGAGGCAUGGCUACAUCUUCGCCUCGCUCGCUGGAUACGUGCUCAGGAGGAACGAGGGCGAGGAGCUUCCUGUGAUUUCUGUCGUCAGAGAAACAGAAGCACAGCUCCUGCCUGACGUCGGCGCUAUCGUCACCUGCAAGGUGACGAGUAUUAACCCGCGGUUUGCCAAGGUGCACAUCCUCUACGUCGGCUCCACCCCCCUUAAAGACCGGUUCAGAGGAACCAUCAGGAAAGAAGACGUGAGAGCCACCGAGAAAGAUAAGGUGGAAACGUAUAAAAGCUUCAGGCCUGGUGACAUCGUCCUCGCCAAAGUGAUCUCGCUGGGAGACGUGCAGUCGAAUUACCUGCUGACCACAGCGGAGAACGAGCUGGGUGUGGUCGUGGCCCACAGUGAAGCAGGAGCUCAGAUGGUGCCCAUCAGCUGGUGUGAGAUGCAGUGCCCACGCACCCACAACAAAGAGUUCCGCAAAGUGGCACGGGUACAGCCGGAGUACCUGCAGGCCUGAACCGGACCUCCCAUACCUUUCCACCCUUUACCCCCGGAACACACAGCUUCACACACACACACACACACUCGUAUUCAUACACACUCGUACACACACACUCGUACACUGGUCCCACGAGUGUGGUCCAGAGUGAGACUGGAAAAAGGCUAGAGUUCCCCCAGUUAGCUGUAAGCUUCAACUAACAUUUGACUUGUAUAUGAACUAAGAGUUCUAGAACACCAUUCCGCAGGAUUCUAGAACACCAUUUGACGCUGUGUUCUAGAAUCUCCGUGUUUCCAGUUAUUGGGGCUGCGUUCUAGAAUCCCAGGGCUUCUAAUUCUUCAGGUUAUGUUCUUGAGGCUGCCUUCCAGAAUCUGAGGGGUUCAAAGUAUUAUUGUUUUGUUCUAGAAUCCCAUGGAUUUUAAUCAUUAAGGCUGCACUCUGGAAUUCCUGGGAUUAUAGUUCUGGGGACUAUGUUCUAGAAUCCAAAUUGUUAUAUUUCUCUUGGGGCUAGUUUCUAGAAUUCCAGGGGUUUUAUUAUUGGUUCUACGAUCUAGAAUUCCAAUUUCUGGAAAUGCAUUCUAGUUUUUGUAAGUACUUUAUAAUUUGUUUUAGAAUCCCUGUGGUUCUAAUGUUCUAGGGCAGCAUUCUAGAAUCCCCUGCAUUCCAGAAUCUGAGGGAUUCCAAUUGUGAAAUUUUGUUCCAGAAUCCCAUUGAUUUUAAUUAAUAAGGCUGCAUUCUAGAAUCCCAGGGAUUUUAGUUCGUUUCUAGAAUCCCAAGGGUUCUAAUUUUUGGUUCUGCAUUCUGGAAUUGCAUUUUUUGGGAAUGAAUUCUCAAAUCUUAAUUUGUAGUGUUAUGUUAGAGAACCCAAGGUAUCGUUUAUUUGUUCUAGAAAUCCUGGGGUUUGAAUUCUUAGUGCUAUGCUUUAGAAUCCCAAAGGAUUCCAGUUAAUUAAGUGGGAGUACAUUCGGAGUACAUUCCAGAAUCCUUGCGUUUCUAGUUCUAAGGGCUGCAUUCUAGAAUCCCAGGGAUUCCAGAUAUUGUGACUCUGUAAUAGGAUUCAAACAGAUUUUAAUUAAUGGGGCUUUAUUCUAAAACCCCAAUGGAUUACAGUAACUGGGGUACAUUCUAGAAUCCAAGAUAUUUGAAUUAUUGGGCUUUGUUCUAGAAUCCCAGGAAUGUCAGUGAUUACGGCUACAUUGUAGAAUACUUGGGCUUUAUUCUUAGGGCUAGUUUCUAGAAUACCAAGAGAUUCCAAUUACUGGGUUUUGUUCUAGAAUCCUGGGGAUUUGAGAUAUUGGGGCUGCAAUUUAAAAUACCAAGGGCUACAUUCUGGAACCUCUGGACUUUUGUUCUAGAAUCCCUGGUCUUCUCCUAUAGAGUCUUCUCCUCUAGAGGUGUAAACUGGAGAACGAGUUGGUGUCGUUGAUGUUUUAUGUUGAUUUGUUAAAAACACACACUGAGGACAGCUAGCCUUCCGGAACGGGAUUUUGAAGUAUUGGUCAUUUUUUUUGGCUGCACUGUUUUCAAGACUCUGUCAAACACAUGAACCGCUUACAAAAUGAUCAGAGACGAUAUCAAAGAUGUUCUUGAACGUGUUUUUGUCCUGCUUUGUAUUCUUUCCCCCCUCUUUUCAUUUCUGUACAUAGAGUUCAUGUAUUUACAAGAGACUCAAUAAAGUGUUUAUUCUUAAAAAUAA